ACUCUGGAUUAGCAGACGAUUUAUACGACGGGAACCAGAAUACAAUGCUGGGUCUGGCUGGGUGUUACAAUUUAUAAUUAAGUCUGCAUCUAUUACUGUUCCCUUCGUCUUCGAGAAUGAAGACUGUCGCCAAUGGCAAUGCAGUUUUGAUUAUGUAUGUUUGUGGCUUUUUGGAUCUGCUUGGGGUAAGCAUGAUACUACCUCUGAUAACAAGUCAUGCCAAAGAUUUAGGAGCUUCAUCCACGGUUUCUGGUGUUUUAGGUAAACAGUUUGGGAUUAACUAUGGAACAUGUCGUAAACAAACUGAGCCAAUGUUUUGGAAACAUUUAUCUGGGUGCACGCAUUAUGGUUCACUUUAUGGUGCCUUACAGUUAUUUACCAGUCCAAUUAUGGGCCAGUGGAGUGAUGGGACUGGGCGCAGGUUCACACUGCUGAUGUGUCUAUUGAUUUCUGCGACUGGGUACUGCAUGUUCAGCUGGGCCACCACCCUGACACUCAUGUUCAUUGCCAGAAUCCCACUAGGUAUUUUCAAACACAGCCAGAGCAUUGGCAAAGCUUACUUGGUGGACAUUGUACAGGAAUCUGAGCGGUCUAAAGUGAUUGGGAACUUCAAUGCAGCCUCCAGUCUUGGUUUCAUUGUCGGUCCUGUGUUUGGCGGUCACAUUGCAGACAGACCAGGAGGGUUCUACCUGGUGGCUUUAUCAGCAGGGCUUCUCUUUUACCUUAACUUCAUAUUGAUGUGGCUUACAUUGCCGAAUGAAAAUGCUCAUCAUGCCAUGAAAAAAGGUUUGGAAUCCUCAGCUUCCUUGAAGCAGCUUCAGUCAGAUGAAAUCAACUUUAAUCCCAAGACAUUUAUUCAGACUGCGAAGGAACUAAACUGGCAGGAGUUGUGGGACUUGUAUUUCAUCAAAUUUCUGCUUGCUGCUGCUGUGAUAAUCUUUAGGAGCAAUUUUUCUUUAAUUCUGAUGCAAAAAUAUGAAACAACUCCUGUAAUAAAUGGCUAUAUUAUUUCAUUUAAUGGGGUCAUUUCUGCCUUAGUGGGAUUGUUCACGGGAUAUUUUGCAAGUUUUUAUUCAAGCCAUGCUAAACUGGUUUUACACUUGGCAAUUUUACAAGGAUUUAUCUUGCUCGGUUUAGCAUUAUCACCAACACUGUUUUGGUUUGUCAUAUUUUUGAUUCCUCUAUGUUUUGUGACGACCAUAGCGAGGGUAUCUGCUACCAGUCUUAUGCUUGAGAGAGGCAGGAAACAGGAGGCAGGGAUUCUGAUCGGUUUUCAGCAGAGCUGCCUGUCUAUGUCACGGAUGGUGGCCCCGCUGAUUGCAGGCCUGGCCCAGGAGUUGACCCCAGCCGCCCCAGCAUGCCUGGGGGCCGCACUCUCACUGGCUGCAGUCAGCAUCAUGAUCAUCAGACCACAGGAUCCACGAAAUAGGACCAAAUGGCAAUAGUAGCAGAAAUGUACAAGUACAAUACCUGAACACAAAGUACAUGGGGACUAUCCUAAUUGUUGUCAUGAAAACAACUGUCAACCAAUACUAUGAUACAAGUAACACUAACUUUUAGUGCAAUAGGGUGAUUACAUGUUACAAAGAUUGUAAGUAUGUUAAAUACACAUAUACAGUUAUAAAUCCUGCACAUAACCAGCCAUUGCCAUGUAAAUCGUAUUGAAUCAUUUUGUUGCAAUUGAAAUUAUUGUUUUUACUUUUGAUGUUAGUUAGUGUUUCAUUUGCAAAUUAAAUUUUGUAUAAUAUUACUUAUUGAAAAGUUUUUUUAAUCCAACACUUUCACAAAAUAAACAAUGAUAACAAGCAAUAUCUUAGUUUUAUUUAAAAUAUAUUUUAUUUCUAAAUAAAUAUUAAGAUUGUUUUGAAUCUGUACAUUUGAGACCUUACAAGCAUAUUGUACAAAGGAUACACUACGUCUAGCGGGAUUUCUGCCAUCAACCACACUCUCAUCAUGGACAAUUUUUCGUGAGCGUGGAAAAUCACCGCGAUCAGAAGGUGUUUCCAUCAUGAAAGAUCGCGUCGAAAUUGGCUGAACACCGCGGGCGUUAUCAGGAAAUCAUUCUCACGGUGGACCACAGUGAUCGCAGUGGACCACCGCGGCCUAGGUGGUUCACGUUGAAAUACAGGUAAAUGUGAAUGAACACGUAUAUUUCGAUAUUGCAGACCAUGUAAUUUUUGCAAAGUUCUAGAAUGUUUUGUUACAUUUGUAUGUACAUUUGUAUACAUUGUAACUUGAUUGUUAACAAUCGUCAUUAUUUUCUAUUGUUUACCCUUGUUCCAGAAUCAUUUGACAUGUCGUACAUCGAGCCUGAUGUACUUUAUGUUUUGUUUCUACAGUUUCUGCGUGAAGAUUUACUUAUUGUUUAUUUAAAGAAUUGUUUGUUUUUUGUUAAAAUUUCGGAAAUGCUUUCUCGUUUGUGCACAUAUAGCUUGCCAAUAAUUACAUAUCAACAUGUUACGUGUAAUUUGAUUCUGACUAUUUUAGUGACUCCCAUGUAGAGUUGAUAAUUACUUUAUUUAUUAUAAAAGAUCUGUUCAUUGGUAAUAAGUUUCUGUGAAUGUCAAAUUAGAGUUUCUUUAUUUACCAAUUAACCUAACUAUAUCAAAAUAUAUCGCUGUCUUAUCGAGUAGAUGAGAGAGUGAAUAUUUGUUUUGAUUGUAAUAGAAAAUACAGACAGAAGUGAGAAGAUGCAUUCAUAUACCAUCUGUUCUGUUAUGUGUAAAUAAAUGUAGACAACAAAUUCUCCAUUUUAUUUGAUAUAGCAAAUUAAUGUAGACAUCAAAUUCUCUAUUUUAUUCGAUAUAGUAAAUGGAUGUAGACAUCACAUUCUCCAUCAUUAUUUCGUAAGAAAACAAGCGUUUUAUUCGUAUUGUAAUACGGCACAUGUACAAUAAAUAGACAUACAUAUACAUGUAUAACAAAAUCAUAUUUAUAACAUAUUCAGAAUUUAAAUGCAUGUUUAUAAUAUUAAUAAUAAGAAACUCAUCAGCGUUGUUACUAUGUUCAUUAUUUUUCGAAAACCAUAUUCUUGGUUGUAUCUAAAAUAAAAGAGUAAAACAGUUUUAAACAAGAGGUCCUGAAAGGCCCAAAGUCGCUCACCUGAGAUAACAAGAUAUUAUUGGGACAAAUCUUCUGACCAAGUUUCACAAAGAUCAGGAAAAAAAUGUGGCCUCUAGAGUGUUAACAAGGUUUUACUAUAGCCAAAUAAGGAAAAAUGCCCCGCCCCCUGGCAGCUAUGUUUUUCAACCAACCGGCAUCAUUUUCGAACUCGUCCAAGAUAUUAAUGGGAUGAAUCUUCUGACCAAGUUUCAUGAAGAUCAGAAAAUAAAUGUGGCCUCUAGUGUUAACAAAAUUUAACUAUAGCCAUAUAUAGCCAUAUAAGGAAAAAUGCCCCGCCCCUUGGCAGCCAUGUUUUUCAAGCAAACGUAACCAUUUUCGACUCAUCCAAGAUAUCAUUGAAACCAAUCUUCUGACCUAAUUUCAUGAAGAUUGGACAAUAAAUGUGGCCUCUAGAGAGUGAACAAGGCAAAUGUUGACGUCGCACAACGGACAACGCACGAUCACAAUAGGCGAGCACAAAAGCUCACCAUGAGUACGUUGUGCUCAGGUGAGCUAAAAAGCUUAAUGUGAAAUUAUGACUCGUUAAAUUCACCGCAAUUUUUUUAACAACACUUCUUAUCAAUGCUUUAUAAAUUUGAUAUACAUUUUAUUUGCUCAAUGCACAACAUUAUUGUAACACAAUAAGUAAAUCGAUAUUUACCAUAAUAUUACAAUUUCUUUUUUUACGUUAUUUUACAUACAGUGUAUGUUUCAAAAUGAAUUUGUUAUACAAAUAGUCACUCACCAACAUGACAACUGAUCUUUUCGAAUGAAUAUGAUAUUAAAAUAUCGCAGAAUUUAAUACUUACUACGGAUGUCUCGAAUUUGUACAUGUUCAUUUAUUUGAUCCAAUACAUAUAACAAAAGAAACAGGAAAUCACAAAAAUAGUCUGAAAUCAAAUUACAUGUAACAUAUGUAUGUUAUUGUUGGAGAGCUAUAUAUGUACACAAACGAGCAAGGGUUUUCGAAAGGUUAACAAAAAACAAAUCUUUAAUUAAGAACAACAAGGGAAACUUCAUGCAGAAACAAUUGAAACAAAACCUGAAGCAUGAUGUACGCAAACAAUACUCACGCUCGAUGUAAGACAUGUCAAUGAUUCUGUAAAGAUCGAGGGCAAACACGAGAGAAAAGAGUUGAACAUUUCGGUGAUUUUAUUAUGAAGUGCAUGUAAUACAUGUACAUACAAAGUUUAAAAAACAACAUUAUACGAUCUGCAAUUUGAAUGAACAUGUACAUUUCGAUAUUGCAGACCGUACAUUUGUAAUAUGUUGUUGUUGCACAUGUAUUUCACAGCGAACCACCUAGACCGUGGUGGUCCGCCGUGAUUGCGGUGGUCCACCGUGAGAUCAAUUUCCCGAGAACACAGAGACUGACAUCGCAAUUCGCCACAGCGAAAUCACCGUGUUCAACGGUGUAUCAUGGUGAGAUAGUUAUUGUCCAGUCUGGGCUGAAUCACAGUGAUGCGAUGUGUAUGGCAGAAAUUGCGCAAGACGUAGUGCAAGUCCUUGAGUUCUUAAAAAUGUUAUUUAGGGUCUUUACCUUGGUAUUGUAGAAACAUGUUAUAUAGACAUAUAUACAUAAAAAUAAUGUCUUUAAAUAUCAUUGCAGAAAUGAGAACUUAAAUUAUAAUAAUAAUUGUAUAAUUGUACAUGUAUUUAUAUAAUUUGCAGUAAAGGAUAGUUUAAAAGAUAGUAACAAGUUCUGUUCGGCAAGAAGAAAAGUGUAAGCUACAUUUUCAUAUAAACUUUAUUUAAAAUGAA